AUUUUUAACGCUGGUAUUAUUAUUUAAUUGAAGUGGAAUACGCAAUAGAAUGCAAGUACUAUUCUUGACCUUUCGUUUUCUGGAUCUAGGGUUUCGUUUUCUCUUCUCGGUGACAAUUUCAUCUUCAAUCUUUAAAUUCAUCAUCCAUUCUUCACACAAACAACAAAAAACCCAUCUUCAAACCCUACUCACCAGCGCCACCUAAUCAAUUUUCACCAUCGCGAAAAAUUUAAUCAAAUCAAUCGAAGAUUCACGAUCACGCACAAUUUUUUAGGGUUCAUUGAAUAUUAUUAUAUUUUCCCCCAAAUCGCCGUCAAAAUCAUCACUUUCAAUCACGGAUCUAAAAAUUUGGCCUAAUUUUUUUAUUUUUUUAUAUAUUUUGUUGCUGGUAAUUCAAAAAUCAGAUGAAUUCUUAAACCGAUUUUGACGUUGAUGAUGAAUACUAGUUAUUGAUGAAAUUUCCAAAGACUUGUUUUUUUUUUGUGAUUUGAAGGGACCCAAACAAAAAAAAUGUAUAAAUCGGUGGUGUUUCAAGGGGAGGUGGUGUUGGGUGAGGUAGAUAUAUACCCAGAAGUGAUGAUGAACAACAACAACAAGAAUUUUGAUGUGAAGGAAAUCAGAAUAACUCACUUUUCUCAACCUAGUGAGAGGUGUCCACCACUUGCUGUGCUUCACAGUGUUACAUCUUGUGGUGUUUGCUUCAAAAUGGAGUCAAAGACACAGCAGCAGAAUCAGCUCUUUCAGUUGCACUCCUUGUGUAUCAGAGAUAACAAGACUGCUGUUAUGCCGCUUUUUGGGGAAGAAUUACAUUUGGUAGCAAUGCAUUCGCGAAAUGAUGACAGACCAUGUUUCUGGGGAUUUAUUGUUGCCAAUGGACUUUAUAAUUCGUCCCUUAUGAUGUUAAAUCUCAGAUGUUUGGGUAUAGUGUUUGAUUUGGAUGAAACCCUUAUUGUAGCAAACACAAUGCGCUCAUUCGAGGAUAGAAUUGAUUCACUCCAGAGAAAAAUAAACUCUGAGGUAGAUCCACAACGAAUUUCUGGCAUGCAGGCGGAGGUCAAGCGCUACCUAGAUGACAAGAGUAUAUUGAAGCAGUAUGCUGAAAAUGAUCAGGUAGUUGAUAAUGGGAAAGUAAUAAAAGUUCAAUCUGAGCUUGUUCCAGCAUUAUCUGACAGUCAUCAGCCCAUAGUUCGACCACUGAUACGGUUACACGAAAAAAACAUUAUUUUAACACGCAUCAAUCCGCAGAUUCGCGAUACAAGUGUUCUUGUGAGGUUGAGACCUGCAUGGGAAGAUCUUCGGAGCUACCUGACUGCAAGAGGGCGCAAGCGUUUUGAGGUUUAUGUUUGCACAAUGGCUGAAAGGGACUAUGCACUAGAAAUGUGGAGACUUCUUGAUCCAGAUUCAAAUUUGAUAAAUUCAAAAGAACAAUUAGGUCGCAUUGUAUGUGUUAAGUCCGGUUUGAAAAAGUCUUUGUUCAAUGUCUUCCAAGAUGGCUCAUGCCAUCCAAAGACGGCGUUAGUAAUUGAUGAUCGCUUGAAAGUGUGGGAUGAGAAAGAUCAACCUCGGGUGCAUGUUGUUCCUGCAUUUGCUCCAUACUACGCUCCUCAAGCUGAGGCAAACAAUACUGUCCCUGUCUUGUGUGUUGCAAGAAAUGUUGCUUGCAAUGUUAGGGGUGGCUUCUUUAAGGAUUUUGAUGAUGGUCUUCUACAAAAGAUUCCUCAAAUUGCAUAUGAAGAUGAUAUCAAAGAUAUACCUCCUGCUCCGGACGUGAGCAAUUAUCUAGUUUCAGAGGAUGAUGGAUCUGCUUCCUAUGGAAACAGAGAUCCGUUUUUGUUUGAUGGCAUGGCAGAUGCUGAGGUAGAAAGAAAAUUGAAGGAGGCAAUAUCAGCAGCUUCAGCUAUGGCAACUGCUAAAUUGGAUCCCAGGCUCUCCUCUUCUCUUCAGUAUACAAUGGUAUCUCCUGGUUCAGUUCCACCACCCACAGCACAAGCAUCUAUGAUACAAUUGCCUCACACACAGUUCCUUCAACCUGCUACACUAGUGAAGCCAAUGGUUCAAGUUGCCCCUUUAGAAUCAAGCUUGCAUAGUUCUCCUGCUAGAGAAGAAGGUGAAGUAGGUGAAUCAGAAUUAGACCCAGAUACAAGGCGAAGGCUUCUCAUAUUGCAGCAUGGACAAGAUAUUAGGGAACAUACAUCUAGUGAGCCUCCAUUUCCCAUUAGACAUCCCAAUCCUGUACCAGUUGCUACUCGUGCACCAUCACGUGGGGGAUGGUUUCCUGUAGAAGAGGAGAUUGGAUCACAACCACCAAACAGAGUAAUACCUAAAGAAAUUCCUUUAGAUUCUGGUCCAUCGCGGAUUGAGAAGCUCAGGCCUCAUCAGCCAUCCUUUUUCCCCAAGGUCGAUGGCUCUAUUUCCUCUGAUAGAGCUCUCCACGAGAGCCACCAAAGAUUGACAAAGGAGAUUUAUCAUAGAGAUGAUCGCUCAAGAAUAAACCAUACACCCCCUAGUUAUCAUUCGUUAUCUGGUGAUGACAUCCUCUUUGGUAGGCCAUCUUCUAGCCACCGGGAUCUUGAUUCUGAAUUUGGUCGUUCUGUAUUGCAUGCGGAAACACCAGCUGUAGUAUUACAGGAAAUUGCACUGAAGUGUGGAACUAAGGUGGAAUUUACAUCAUCUUUGACUGCUAGCAGAGAGCUGGAAUUCUCCAUCGAGGCAUGGUUUUCUGGGAAAAAAAUUGGCCAUGGAUUUGGAAGAACUAGAAUGGAAGCUCAAUAUAAGGCUGCCGAGGAUUCCAUUAAACAUUUGGCUGAUAUAUAUUUAUCACGUGCUAAGGAUGAGGCUGGUUCCGCAUAUGGUGAUGUGAGUGGAUUUCCUAACGCAAUUGACAAUGGUUAUGUGGGUAAUGUUAGCUCUCUUGGUAAUCUCCCACUGCCUAAAGAGGAGUCAGUCUCAUUUUCAGCUGCAUCAGAUCCAUCAAGGGUUUUAGAUCCUAGGUUGGAAGUCUCUAAGAGGCCAUUCGGUUCAGUCUCUGCCCUCAAAGAAUUGUGCAUGAUGGAGGGUCUUGGUGUCAAUUUUCUAUCACUGCCUGCUCCAGUGUCAACAAAUUCAGUUCAGAAUGAUGAAGUACAUGCACAGGUCGAGAUAGAUGGCCAGGUCUAUGGUAAAGGAACCGGAUUAACAUGGGAUGAGGCUAAAAUGCAGGCUGCAGAGAGGGCACUUGGGAGUCUAAGAACGAUGCAGGGCCCAAACAUUCAUAGACGGCAGAGUUCUCCCAGGCCAUUUCAGGGAUUGUCGAAUAAACGUUUGAAGCAAGAACAUCCGCGAACUCUGCAGCGGUUCACAUCUUCUGGCAGAUAUCCCAGGAAUGCUCCACCAAUUCCAUGACAAGAUUAACAAGAUUUUCAAUCUCACUUACUGGUAUGACUUGUUGGGGCAUGCACGUGUAUAUUCAACAAUACGGAGGGUGACGGCUGUUGGGUUGGGACCAUUUCAACUUAAGCGGGUUAGUGCUUGUCUACGGUAUUCUUGUCGCCGAACUCAAUGCCAAUAUAGAACAACAUCCACAUUUUGUACCAAUGUAUGAUCCUCCACUGAAAUAGGGUGAGGUGAGGUACUUGUCAAAAGAUUAUUUUGUAAGAUAUUCACAUCUUUGGUUGUCCCAAGAAAUGGAGUGUUGGUUGUGUUGUGUGGAUAUGCUUUGAGACAGGUUCACAAGACAAGAUAAUGAAGCAAGUCCAAUGCAAUGCAAUGCAUACUCAAAGAGUAACCAACCCAACCUAUUGGAACUGAGAAUUGAUUCAGCAUUUAUCUUUCUAACUCAAGUGGAUGGUACAAGUACAACCAUUCAGUACAGGUCCUUUUCUUUUAUUUUUUUUAAUUGGUUUUCAUUUUUCACUAACAUAACAUGAUGGGUAGUGGUUUUUAUUUCCACCAAUCCUAUAUCACCUUGUGCCCUCUGAGGUUGGUGAAUUUGCAUAGUUGUAACUUUUUUGAUAAUAACAGCUUCUCAAUUGUGAUUAUCUUUCAAUUUUGUUCCUCAA